AUGGAUCCCAGGACAAUCCGGCAAUUGCUGUCUCGUUUCCCCAUAACCGAGUCACUCGACAAGGCAGCAAAAAAGCUCGGAACCGCAAGGCGUCCGGCGGAGGCCGUUAGUGGGGAGUUAUGGGACAGCAUCUUCCAGCGCCUGUCGCCCUACCUAUCCCAAAGCUCCCCAAUCGACAUCCUAGAUCUCUGGCCAAAUUCCGGGCUCCGAUCUGCCAAAGCCAACGAGCUCUUGAAACCUCGUCGCCAUGUACUCGUUUCUGCGAACGAGGCGUUUAAUCCACUUCUCAAACCAUUUUUGGAUAGCACCAGUGGUUCAAAGCUCAUCACCGAGCCCAUCUACCAAAAAGAGGAUUGGCGCGAGUUCCUGGAGGCUCAUUUUCCCGAACAAGUCUCUCCCAUACGACAGAAGCCGGGCCAAAUAUUGCGCAAUGAUACAUUACUGGUCCUAGCCAGUCCGCCUCGGAGCCACUCGAAAUCGAACCAUUACACUCCGGCCCGUUGGUGGCUCCGGUUCUUGGAGGAUUGCAUCCAACAGACGGGGUUGAAUUCCUUCGGGACUGUGCGAGUCCUUGCCUCCAUGCCUUACAGUGAGGCCCCAUUAGUUUUGCCACGGUGUGCGCCAGAACGCAAGCGAAUCGCUACCUUGCUGGAAGCUGUGAACCUGCAUACCUUCGAAGUCGCAAGCUCGGAGGAGCCGGACAUUCACCUCGGAUGGCGCGAGUGGGACAGUAUCCAGGCCAACAAAGCACAAGUCGCUGAAAGAGUCGCCGCGCAGAAUGUCCUUACUCCACCCAACCGGGAACGGCCACCGCUGGAAAAGAUUCCGCCCUUCGCGCAGCAGAUGGGGAAAGACGUCCCAUACAUUCCACGGGCGUAUUUAGCCAUCCACAAACAACAAGUCAAGACGAUGGAAGAACUAGAUGGUGUAAAGUCCGAUAAGACAAAGAGCCCUGCCAUACAGGCAGCGGCCCGAAAAAGAGCAGGCGCCAAAGCCAAAUUGGUUCAAGGGGACAAAAUUGCAUACACGCGACAUAUCCUCGCCCGGAAGCUACUGGAUAUCGAUGACAAGGGCCGCCAGCUCGCGCGUGCGGCUGCAGAUCCUAACGAAACCCCGCAGUCUUUGAAGGCAUUGGAUGAUGAGAUUGCCUCUCUCUGGUCAGAGUAUAAUACUCAAAUGGCCAGCACGCAUUACACCCAUCUCAAGAAUAUGACCAACAUUGUUGACGACGAUCGCUUAUCUCUCGCGUCCCGCGAGAAUUGUUCCCAGCUUAUUUGGGAACGCCGACCGUUUGAGCCGCUGCAUAUUCAUAGGGAUGAAGUCUGGCCCAAAGGGGAUCCGAUCAGCAUGAUAUACUUCGAGGCCAACGAAACCCCUCCCGUCCUCCAGCAGGUCACCCACCCAUCAGUCACGCAUGAGCAAGUCACAAUGGAGCGAUUCUACGCCUUGCUAUCUGUUCUGACCAACACCGAAUUGAAUGUUGGCGGGCUCAAAGACUUGAUUUUCCCUUUAUGGUCGGCCAAUGAUCUCAUCCAGGCCGUCCCUAGUCUUGCCUUCUUUGCCACCAAACGACUCAAGCCCGGCUGCGGGCCUCUCCCUCUCAACGAUCCCACUUCCGACCCCGCGGCCAGCUACCAGGAUAAUCUGGAAUACGACCUCAGUGACCUGCGGCUGCAUGUUGUUUCCGUCGAAAGCUUUAUGGGCAUCGCCAUUGAAUACGAGAAGCUGGAGGACAAGCUCCCAAUCAGCCAGUUCACGCGACUCAUCGGUGGGACCUUCACUACCCGACAAAUGUUGAUGGAGAGCGGCUUCCGCAGGCUUUGA